AGUAUUGAUGUUGAACGCCUUGCAAACUGUUAUGGCGUUUGUGUUCUCAUACACAACGCAUAUAGUGUAUUUUUCGUUGAAAUAAAAUAUUCUCGUUUUAAUAUAUCUUGGUUACAGAAGAUCAAAAUGGGUGUGUUUCAGUGAAUCAGAAGACCCAGUAGGCGUCUUUAUCCAGGACUGUUUCCUUAAUUGUGAUGUCUGAAUGAAUUUCUCACGGUUUUUAGAUAUUCAAUCAUGGUGGGAAGUGCCCAGCAUUGCAUACUUUUGUUCCUUAUUCAGGACUGCAUUCAAUCUUUUGGAUUUUGACAUUGAGGAGUUGGAAGAAGCACUUCUCACAGAUGGCACGGAAGAGUCGGCAAGUUCGCUUCUGACGGAACUAAUAGUGCGUCUUCUAAACGGUUGUUUAGGUAACAAUGACAUCUCGGCUUUUAAUUUUCAGAUGUAUUUGAGGAGAUUAUUUCGACAAAAAUGUCAAGAAAAAGGAAAAUGCAACCCUUUCGAUAAUGAUAUUAACUUUCAGUUUUUACCACUGCGAACAAAAGUUGAGAUCUUGUAUUCAUUAUGUGAUUUUCGGUUGGAUGCAGAAGAUGUUUAUGAUUUAUUUAGAAAUCUUGAAGCUGAAAGCCUAAGAGUUGAACCACUUGGUUGGGAUGAUAAUGAUUCUGCUUAUUGGUACUUUUAUGGGACAAGGCUGUAUCGAGAAGAUAUAGUGAAGAAACGAAAACCGAAAAAUAAAAAGAAAAAGAAAUACGGCAAGAAACGGGGAGUUUUCUAUAGACAUGACAAUCCUAAGAAUAUUAAUUCAAGACGGGUUUGGCAAGUUGUGUGUUUUACUGAAGGUGAUUGGACCCAGCUGACAGAUAAAUUCCGCAGAGCUAAUAGCAAAGUUGAACAGGAACUAUAUCAUUCUUUGUCAGAAAAUUUCUUGCCUGAAAUACCACAUCUUUUUCAAGAAAGGGAGCGCUUGCAACGUCAAAGGGUGCUAGAGCUAGUGCCACGCCGCACAUCCAGCCGCGUUCUGCAAAAGAUCAAACAGAAGGAAGAGGAAACCAAGAACUUGUAUGAUUCCAAGAAGGAAGCCAACAAGAAAUCUACUUCUGCCGCCCGCGAACACAGGGCCCGGCGCAGAAACCAAUUAAGAUCCAAGUCGUCAUCAUCGGACUCAUCGGACAGUUCUGCCGAACGAGAAGUGAUGCCUCAAAAGAAUUCAAAGCAGCCGAAGGCGAAAAAGUCAAAAAACUCCUCGGCCACCCAAAAAGGGGAACCGCCACCAGAGCCUGUUGUGAGGACAGGAAGGAAGACAAAUAACUCACUCUCGGCUGCCACCGGACAGAUCGUUAUACCGGACAAUGAUGAACCCGUCAAUAGCACGCGGAAGAAACUCAAGACAUCACAAAUUUUCAGUCAAACUGACGAGGAUGUGCAAACUGACAUGUACAAAGUGCUGGAACAGCUUACGUCACACGAUGACGCCUGGCCAUUCAUGGACCCGGUGGAGGAGGAAUAUGCACCCAAUUACUACGCCGUGAUUCGGCGCCCAAUGGAUCUCCGUAAGAUGGAAGAACGCCUCGACAACGGAUAUUACACUGAUUUUUCAAUGUUUAAAGCGGAUUUUAAACUCAUUGUGAAUAACUGCCGGCUAUAUAAUGGCCAGGAUAACGAGUAUACGACUAUGGUAGACAACUUGCAGGUUGCUUUUGAUAAAUUAACAGAGAAGUAUAUACAUCGAGUUUCCUCGUCUGACGAAGAAAUAGCCGUGGAGUACCAACUACCCACGCCGUCCAGGAAACAUAAAAUAAAAAUGAGUGAAUCUCCAUCACGACAAAAGAGAAAGAAACGCAAAUCCAACUCUGAUUCAGGAGAUCCAAAGUCAAACACCUCGGAACAAAAGCGAGAUGAAGAAGAUGAUAAAGAAGUUGCACCCAAGGCUAAAGCCCAAUCGUCUCGAUCAAAACGAGACCAAGAAGAUCAAUCUAAACCUGAAUUAGAAAAGACACAAAUUGAACCAGCGGUUAAGAAAAAUAAAGAAUCUCACAAGAACAAACAUGAUAAGAAAAAACGCAAAGGCCACCAUCGUCACGGGAAACAUCACAAGAAGAAUUCACAUAAAUCUAGCCAUGAUUCAAAACGACACAGCAAGAAGCAGAAGCAUGGUAAGACCAAGAAAUCAAAACAAAAGAAGAAGAAGAACAGACACCACGAUGUCGAAGCGCCGGAAGCAUUAAAUCGCAGCGCAUCUCAAGAGUCGCUGGAAAGUUCAACCCGCAGCCGUAGUGCUAGCCCACUACCUUCUAUACAUACCCCGUCCCCGUCACCCACCGAACUCGACAAAGCCGAGACAAGUACCGUCAGACGUGUCACGGAAAAAUUCACUAACGCAGACUUUUUGAGAGAUAAAUAUGACAACAUUAAAGAAAGGAGGAGACAUGCAGCUCGAGACGCUUGGGAAUCUCUGUUUGAUUUUAAGGAAAAAUCUGAUCUGGAUAAACCAACUGUGCAAGUAUCAGAAAAAGAAAAAAAUCAAAAAUUAAGGGAAACCAUAGAAAGAUUGAAAGCCAGCAAUGAAAAGUACAAAGAUACGUCUCUUUUCAAUUGCCUGUUCAGCCCUCGAAAUUCUGGAGAAAGACUAAGGAGAUUACAUAGGGAAGCUAAACUAGCAGAAGCCUCCAAGGCUCAAGCUUCAGGUCAUACUCCAUCUUCUGAUGACGAUGAUGACGACGAUGACGACGAUGACGAUGACGACGAUGACGAUGACGACGAUGACGAUGAUGACGAUGAAGAUGAGAAUGAAGAGGAAAACGUGGCCAAUGACGAGGAAGACUCCUCAGAGGAUGAAGCCGUUAUGCCCGUUAAAGAGCCCCAGGUAAAAAAAGGUAAAAAAAGUACUGCGAAAAAUGCUUGUGCCUCAGAGGCAUUGGAACAAGCUGUUAAAGACAUAAGCAAAUGGCUUGAUGAUGCUCCCAAGGCAUCGACAACUAGCUCACCAAGUGACAGUCCAGCCCAAACAAUCUCAACUGAAGAUCAAGAAAAUAGUCGUAUAGAUGACGAGUCCUCGCAAGGGGAGAAGCCAGCUAAUUCUCGAAAGGAGACGUCACGAAAACGUCCGUCUUCACGAGAACCAAAAGCUGUAAAAAGGAGAGAGGUACAGAGGACAAUAGACAGGUUACAACCUGGAAAAAGCAAGGGCAAUCUACUUACUAACAGUAACAAAAAUAAUGAGAAAGCUGAAGAUAUAACUCCAUCGGGCCAGCUCAAUAAGACUCGAGAUUCAACUAAAGUUGAAGAAAGUAGUCCCAAACUUAGUUUAGGGUCUGUUUUACCGACUGUUGAAUUUGCACUUGGAAACGAUCAUAAUUUAAUUAAGGAUAAAACGGAAACUGUACUCCCAAAAGAAUCCAAAGAUAUUGAGGAACCUAAGAAGGAAAUUAAGAACAUUGAAGAGCAAGUGGAGAAAAAAUCUGAACAAAAAGAAGAGACUCCUACUAAAAAAGAUGCUGAGGUAGAGACAGAACCUCUACCUAUUAUGAAACCAAGCCAAGAGAAGGCAACACCUAACUUAAGUGCGUGGUUUAAGGCAUUUGGUGCCCCUAAAACUAUAACUUCAACUACGGCAUCAAAUAAUAUAAAAAAGAAAAAUGAAGAAACUGAUACUGAUGAAAAACCGACUGAGAAUACUAAUAAUGAAAAUAAGAUAAGUCCGAAAAAACUUACCACUAAAUAUGAUGCUUCAACGAAUCCUAAUUCACCCAACCCUGAAGGGGGUGAUAGCCCUCUACCAAAUGUGUCAGCAACCCCUCGUCAGAGGAGGACUAGUACUGGUAGUACCAUCUCGGAACGCUCAUCGUUCAGUCAAGAUCUAGACUCUCCUAGACAUCAAAUGGCUCAUACGUCACCUCUCUUACAAUCACCGGCAUCCCCAAGAACCGAUGACUUCCAAAAAAUAACAUAUCCUAUAAUCAAUGGUACGGUACGAGCUGGAUUUUAUCAAGAUACCACUUCACUGAAAAGUAGUCCAGAGAAGAGCUGCAGUCCACGUGAUGCACCGCAAUCGCCAUACUCUCCAUAUUCACAACAUGUCUAUGCAUCUAACAGUAACUCUUCUACUCCAAAUUAUUUUGUGGACCAUAAUAAAAGUCCAUUGCCUACAUAUGGACAGAACGCCCCUCCUUACUAUGACACCUCCAAGGCGCCUGUUGUAAGCAAGCCCCCGAGAGUACACGAUGAUUACACAGCUCUCGGUCCAGAUUCUUUUCAGCAAAAUACCUAUAAUGGCCCGUUCUCUCCCACGCCUUCACCGUUUCCACCUACACAAUCGACUUAUUCCCAGCCACAAGUAUCACCACAACCAACGCUGCCCAUGACGCAACCCGUAAAUGAUGUUCAGUUACUAUCAGAUACCAAGGCCACUUUAUUCCCAGUUAAGAAAAGAACGUAUAAUGAACCAGAAAACUCUAUGUCGCCGAAAAUGCCCGAUAAAGAAGUAGUGCAGUCGGUACCAGUUAAAAAUGAUUACUCGAAAAUAACACAGAGUAUUCACACAACUCUAUCAUUGGUUUCUACACCUAUUGAGGAUAUUCCAGUGACUAAUAACAAAAACAAGACUCUGGAUUACUCGGAACGGAAUGUAACAGACGACAGGGAUCAUAUUACAUUCGAAACUCAUGAUUUGGCGCUCAAUCAGAAAAAAGAAAUUAUUAAUGUGGACCUCACUAAACCUGUCCAUACCGUAAAGAAAGAUAAUAUUGACAUGAUUAAUAUGGGUUACAUGAACUUGGUUGAGGAUAGAAAGUUAAAUCAGUCACCUGAUGUGGAAUUUGUGGGUGAAACAAAAUGUAAUGUAACAACACAACAAAAGGGAUAUGAAAUUGAGGCUAUCGCUAUCAAUCUCGGAAUGAAUAAUCAACAGUUACCUAAAUCGGUUGCUAAACCUAUGUUUCCCAUGGGCGUUACUAACAUUCCUCCUGCACAUAUCCAUGAGAGACCACAAACCGAUAUGCAUUUGAAUCAAACCAUACCUCUUGCUCAUCAUAAUCAAUACGAUGCUCUACCCACUGGGCAAACAAACAACUUCUCCUUAAACGAUAUUGAAUUAGCAAAUAAAAAACUAUAUGCUUGCAGCAAUACGCCAACACCAACUGCGCUCGAUUACGGCAAUUGGAAAAUGAAUCAAAUAAGAAAACCUGAACUAAUGCCCUCUGAUUAUUCCACUAAUAGUUAUCCGACGGCGAAUGGUGAUAAAUUGAAGGCGGUUGAAACAGCUUCUCCGGCUGCCAUCAAUUAUAAUAAGAACUUUCAACACCAGCAAUAUAAUAACUACAACAACGUCCCUCGUUCAAGCUUACCAAGACCUCAAGAAGCACAUCAAAAUAUUUCUACUGAAUUAAUAAUACCCAAUCCAAGAAGCCAUCUAAAGGUUGAUUCGAGUAAUACAGCUACAACCACCAGCGACAACAAUACUUUGUCCAAGACCAUGGAACAACAUGCAAAGCCUCAGAAAUCUGAAAAACAUAUCCAAAAUCAUCCACUAGUGUCAUCUAUACCUUACAAGACACCAUAUACUGCUCAUUCAACAAUACCUUUGGAUACAUUGCGUAAUUUGCCAAAUAUGUCUCAAAUGCUGGAAAGAUAUACGAAUGACGAAAGAUAUUUAGCUAGUUUCGCGAACAGUACAUCAACAUUGUACCAUGACAAGACGUUCCAAAUGGCUCAAAUGUUUAAUAAAACAAUGGCUUCAGAUGCUCAUCCAUCGAGCACACCCAUCAGCAUCUACUCCCAGCCACCAAUACCCGUUGUAAACAAAGACAAUGGUAUCUACAAAAGUAGCACCACCAUGGCAAGCCCACAGACAGAUACUAAAAAGAAGAGAAAAAGGUCCUCGGAUUCAAAGCUGCCUUCACCGCAGAUUGGACUUUCAUAUCAUCCUACUUCCAGUAGUGAUGUACUAACAUCCGUGAAAUCGAACAUGAUGCCAUUCAAUUUCGGUACCGGCACCAAUAUGACCUUGAGUAGUAUGUAUGGUGAUAACGGUGGAUUUUCUAUAGAAGGAUUCAGAAACAGCACGAAUCAAUUAAUGGCUGCCAACUAUGUGGCGGCGGCUGUCGCCCACCAACACAGAACCAAUGAUACGAACGCUGAAAAGCUAGUGAAGCCAGCUCACCAGAAUUCUAAUCAUACCAGCUCAUAUCCCUUUAUAGGUCAUGCACAGGUCCGUAGCGCGUACCCGUUCGUCGGUUCUGAGCAAUCGUCGCCGCUCUACCAGCAGUAUCUGGCGCGAUACCAGGAAGAGCUCCAACGUCAGACGGGAGCACAGAUCAUGAGCCUCUACCCUGCUGCGUACACCGCGCCACUCAGCGUGCGGCAACCCUACGAUGCGAUCAACAGACCAUCUUGGCUGUAAAACCACCAACACAUCUAUAGGAUGUUAAGUUACGUCUACUACCGAUGUAACAACCGUUAGAGGAAAAUUUAUGUUGUUUGUAGAAUUAUAGCAUUGAUGUCAAAAUAUUUAUCCAUAUUCAUAUUAAUAAUUAAUGGCAAUCUUUGCCUCAAGCAUGACAAAUUUAAUGUUUAAAAUACAUAAUUGUUGUUUUUCUUGCAUAAUAAUAAUAAUAAUUACGAAUCUUAGCCUGCGAAGACAGAGCGUAUAAUUACUUGUGUUGACUCAUGAAUGUUAUUAGUUGUUAGAAAAAUAUAAAUGUAUCUUUCCUUUCCUGUCUCUACUAAUUCAUAGAAUUUUUGUGAAAAAAAGUUGAAUUUUAAAAAUCACAGUACUAAUCACUAGUAUAGACACUCUAUUUGUAAUAUUUUUUGUAUAUAUAUUUUAAUGCGACGUAACAAGUUUAUUUUUAACAAUUUUUUUUUUGUUUUAUAAUAAUUUGGCAAACUUUAUAAUAAUUUACUUAUAAUUUUGCAAAAUUGCAAGUCCCUUAAGCCUUAUAUUACGACGGGUUAAUGCUUAUUAAGGUCACAGAUAUAAUUGUACUGUUAUUUUAGAAUUAGAAUUUUAUGUUAUAAUUUCAUACAUUAUGUUGUUGUGUAAAUACUUUAAAUCUUGUUUUAAAUCAAUGAUUUAUUAGCGUUCUUUUAAGUACUUUUGCUGAAUACAUAUGUUUAAUUCUAUAGUAGUAUUAAGAGAUUCAUAUUGUAAGAAUAUUAUUGAAAAUGACUCUUUAUGUGUAAAAAAAUGAAAAUAAAGAUUUUCAAAAAUA